CCUAGCUUCUGUUCCUUCUCUGCGACAUCACGGGAGUCUAUUAACUGCUGCGUACCUAGCUCGACAACCUUACUCCCUACUACCGACUUGAGAGAAACAGACAGGAUAGGCGGGCUGGCGGAUGAUAUUGCUUGCUGCGAAUGGGAAUUGUCCGUUCUUGCUUGAUCUUUAGCAGCUCGACUCCCAGGUUCCAGGUUCCACAUGGCAGUGUGGUAGACGGGGGAGCACGGCAUCUGAUAUCGCAACGUCGAAGUGGUCAGCCAACACAAUGGAGGCUCCCGACCCCAAUGGCGUCGGCGGUGCGAGCGAUGCCGCGGACACCUUUCUUGAACAGUCGUACCUCACAUACAUCAUCCCAUCUGCAACCCAUUUCAGUCCCGAGGAGGUCCUCCGUCAAGGCGGCGGCUCGGUAGAGGGCAAGAUCUCCAACAUCGAGCAACGCCAGCAGCUGUUCUUCGAUGAGACGGUCAACAUCUACUUCAUCCUCAGGACACCGAGCGCCGACGAGCAGACGCUCCGUGCAUACCUGCGCCGCCUCGUCAUCACCCUCGACGCGCACAUCGUCAAUGGCAUCGCCCCGGACCGGGAUGGACCCCCACCGUCCGAAAUCAUCUACAAUGGCGGGGUCGAGGGUGUGGAGCAGGCCUUUGUGGUAGCAGACGGGGCGCACGAAGACGCGCAGAGACACGUUUAUGCCGUCUGGAAGCUUCCGGUUUUCCUUGCGCGGCCCAGGAUCAGGGUGCAGCUCCCGUCGGUCGUCUUCUCAGGGGCCGCAAGUCUCAGGCUGAGCACUGCAGCAGCUGGCCAGCUCGGCGGCACAGAUGAGGGAUACAUGCAGAGCUGCAUGCCGUCCGGGAUGAAUCUGCUCGAAUCGUUCGCCAACGACCCGUUGAUGGGCGGCAUCGCGCCCCGACUCUCGGCUCAGAGGGUGUCAAAAGUGGCGCCCCUGACCAAGCCAAGGGACGCGCUCCACCGCAUACACGGACUGCAGCAGCUGAAGGUGAAGAUCUACCCGGUUGUUCACACUCGAGUCCGCUUCUCGCGGCCCAACACCACGCCGCCGAGCGCAUCCAUGAUCGCGCUGCUGGAGAUCGACUUCACGCCCUACUUCGACUGCGAGGUAUUACUAGACAAACUCACUCUCGGCGUCACAGGUGGCACAGUCGAAGAUCUCAACAUCCAAGAUGGCAUGGGUCUGCCGCUCAGCUGCGUGGCGCAUGACCACUUAACCUUCCUCUACAAGCUUGCGCCCCGGCGGCUCGACGUCUUCAACAAAAACAUGGCGCGGGAUCUCACCAUCACGAUCGAAGCGGCCGUCCUCAUCCGGCCCGAAGGCGAGCCGGAUCCCUGCACGCCCCGGCUGGUCAUGACAUGGACCACCGCGCUGGACUUCACGCCGCCAGUCAACCCCGGCUUCGGGCAGCCAAAGACGGCACCGAUCCAGCGCUCCCACCGGCCCAGCCAGCUCUCCAUCAGCGGCGGCGUCGACUCGCAGCCGCUCGUGUCUCCCUCCGUCAUCCGCCCGGACGCGCUCCCGACGCUGGAAGCGGCCACGGCGCGGCCGUUCGAGACAGCGCUGCCGGACUUUGGCAUCACCAUGACGUUCACCGGCCUGUCCAAGCCCGUCCGCCUCGGCGACGAAUUCACGUGGACCGUCUUUGUCGUCAACCGCACCAGACCGGAUGCCACACCUACCUCAGCAAUCCAGGUUCACCCGCCCACGGCGACGGCACGCAAACUGAUGCUCGUGCCCAUCCCCCGCCGCAGACGCAACGAACUGCGGGUUGUCCGGCCGCCGUCGACCGCGGGCUUGGCGGGGUCGGGACCGUCCAAGCGGGACCCGCUGGUCGCGGACGCGGUGCUGGAUGAGAGCGUGGUGCAUGCGAUGCAGCGGAACAGCGUGGUCGACGCGGCCGAGCUGGUCUGUCUGUCGGCCGACGUGCGGGUGGGACCUCUGGCGCCGAGCGCCUGUGCGGUGGUGGAGCUACGCUUCCUCGCGCUCCGGGAAGGGGUGGUGGGCUUGGAGGCAGUUCGGGUCGUGGAUCUGGGGAGCCAGGAGCACGUAGAGGUGAGGGAGUUGCCGCUGGUCGUUGUCUCAAAGGGGACAGAGGAUACCGCCGCAUAAUUGUUGUUCUGUUGCCAGGACUUUAGGAUGAAGAGAGAGAAAACAAUACAACGCCACCGCUUGAUCGACACCGCCGUCUACCCUUUUGGUAUUCGGGCGGAGAAAUUAUACCUACGCGGGCUCGAAUCGAGGUACCUAGGUGACACAACUCUCGAGCAAGUGCUUUUGCAGUCGUUUCCAAGUUCCCAGCCCUGAGAAUCCCAACAUUCGUCCGAGACUUCCCACCCGCACCGGCCGGACCUUUAGGGUUGUCAAACGUCCGAUGUUGGUCUGAGACAUUCGCAUGUGACGAAAUGCUCGGUUCGAAGGUCGGACUCCGAGCCGCGCGCCAU